GCAAAUGCAACUUCCUCUUCUCAAUUCUGCAUUAUUAUGUUAUUAAAAGAACAACGAGAAUAUAUACCUCUAGUUGUCUCUUUAAUAAAGAAGCUUCUUCCUUUUUAUAUUGAAUUGAAACUAACCACACAGUAUACCUGUUUUUGAAAACCAAUACAGAUUUUAUUACAUAAAAUCUUGUCAUACACAGAUAUAUUGUUCUUGGUUUCCUUUGAUUUUCUCCAAAAGCCUUCCUUUGUCAACAUCUGCUGCCUGGUGAUCAUAAAACAGAGAAGUCAAAAGUAUGUCGACUCAAACACAACAACAGCCCGUUGUUGUUUACCCGACUAGUGUGUCAAUGCAAGCGCCCCCGUCUCAUUCGGCUCACUCAGGUGGAUCUUUCACGACAGUUUUCAUAGUAGUGGCAGUGAUCAUUGUUGCAUCGGCCAUAUCUUGCUUUCUUGGAAGGUUCUGUAGUCGGCGCAUGAAUCAAAGGAAACCUUCCCCCAAGCGUAAACAGAGCCGUGAUUUACGUCGACCUGAAAAAGGCGACAUCGAGUUCGGGUCCGAUGGGAGGACUAAUGCAAGUGCCACUGCUAAACCAGGUGACCAUGGCGAACCGAGCAAAGGGUUGGAUAUCAAAAUGCCUCUAAGUGAACACGGGGAUCCUGCAGGAAUUGGAAUUGGGAUGCCUGGAAAUGGAUAUGUAAGGGAGUUCAGAGUAAGUGAACAUGGGGAUCCAGCAGGAUUUGGAGUGCCUGGAAAUGGAUAUCCGGAGUUGAGAAUACCUGAGAAUGGGAUUACUGCAGGAUUUAGAAUGCAUGGAAAUGAUGAUCCCAUGGAAUUUAGAAUGCCGGGACAUGGACACAAUGGUGAAAACAAAGCCUGUUGAUGGAGGAGCCCUAAAGGUCGGUGCAUGAUAUUUUAUGGCUCAAAAUGAAGAAAUUCCUUGACUUCUUAUAGUUACGAUAUUGCACAUGUAUUUAUUUGCUUGUAUUGUUCUUAUUAUAUUGUAAAUUUUUUUUUAAGGAAAUGUAUCAAAAAUUUCAUAUCAAUCAACAAUCACUUUGUUCAUAGUAGUAGGGAAGGGGAUUUGUUUUGCAGAUGCUGUUGCUAAACUUGGGCUAUCUCGUGUGUAGCUAGUUUAGUGCUUGGCUAUAACUGUGUUCACAGGGAGUUGGUUUCUAUAUGAUGGGCUUAUUGUUGUUGUGUUC